GCUGCAACCACCCGAGUGUGGAGCACGUAAAAGGAGAAGAGUUCUGAGAGCUUCACGGCUUCAGCGGGUCCCAGAGAGAGCGGGGAACCCAGGCGCAGCACAGCUCAACGGAGCAGAAUGCCUCGUUGGGGCCUCCUGCUGGUGCUCUGGGGCUCCUGCACCCUCGGCCUCCCUGCAGACCCCAGCGCCUUCAGACGGAUCUUCCUCAAGAAAAUGCCCUCAAUCCGGGAAAGCCUGAGGGAGCGAGGCGUGGAUAUGGCCAGGCUCGGUGCUGAGUGGAGCCGGUCCGCCACGAGGCUCUCCUUUGGCAACAGCACCGCCCCCGUGGUCCUCACCAACUACCUGGAUACCCAGUACUAUGGCGAGAUCGGCAUCGGUACCCCAUCCCAGACCUUCAAAGUCGUCUUUGACACGGGCUCAGCCAACCUCUGGGUGCCGUCCUCCAAGUGCAGCCCUCUCUACACGGCCUGUGAGAUUCACAGUCUCUACGACUCCUCGGAAUCCUCCAGCUACAUGGAGGAUGGAACGGCAUUCACCAUCCACUACGGAUCUGGGAAGGUCAGAGGCUUCCUGAGCCAGGACAUGGUCACAGUGGGUGGAAUCACGGUGACACAGACAUUUGGAGAGGUCACGGAGCUGCCCCUGAUACCCUUCAUGCUGGCCAAGUUUGAUGGGGUCCUGGGCAUGGGCUUCCCUGCACAGGCUGUUGGCGGAGUCACCCCUGUCUUUGACCACAUCGUCUCCCAGGGGGUGCUAAAGGAGGACGUCUUCUCUGUCUACUACAGCAGAAAUUCCAAGGAUUCCCACUUGCUGGGCGGGGAGAUCGUGCUGGGAGGCAGCGACCCCCAGUACUACCAAGGGAAUUUCCACUACGUGAGCAUCAGCAAGACUGGCUCCUGGCAGAUCAGAAUGAAAGGGGUGUCUGUAGGGUCGGCCGCCUUGCUCUGUGAGGAGGGCUGCAUGGCAGUGGUGGACACUGGUGCGUCCUACAUCUCAGGUCCCACCAGCUCCCUGAGGCUGCUCAUGGAGAACCUGGGGGCCAAGGAGCUAAGCACCAAUGAAUAUGUUGUGAACUGUAACCAGGUGCCCACACUCCCUGACAUCUCCUUCCACCUCGGGGGCAGGGCCUACACGCUCACCAGUGCGGACUAUGUAUUACAGGACCCCUACAGUACUGACGAUCUGUGCACACUUGCGCUCCACGGUCUGGACAUCCCACCACCCACUGGGCCUGUGUGGGUCCUGGGUGCCAGUUUCAUCCGCAAGUUCUACACAGAGUUUGAUCGGCAUAACAAUCGUAUUGGCUUCGCCUUGGCCUGCUGAGGCCCUCUCCUACCCAGGUGGUCCUUGCCCUCAUCUGUAGCCCAGAGA